AUGCUUAGAACAAUUACAAACAGAUUAGCUACUCAAUCAAGAGCUCCAAUCUCAAGAUCAUUCUUAAGAUUAAACUCCUCAUUAGCCAUCCCAGAAACUCAAAAAGGUGUUAUCUUUUACGAAAAUGGUGGUAAAUUAGAAUACAAAGAUCUUCCAGUUCCAACUCCAAAAGCCAACGAAAUUUUAAUCAAUGUUAAAUACUCUGGUGUUUGUCACACUGAUUUACACGCCUGGAAAGGUGAUUGGCCAUUACCAGUUAAGUUACCAUUAGUUGGUGGUCACGAAGGUGCUGGUGUUGUUGUUGCCAAAGGUAGUUCAGUUAAAAACUUCGAAAUUGGUGAUAUUGCCGGUAUUAAAUGGUUAAACGGUUCAUGUAUGUCAUGUGAAUUAUGUGAACAAGGUUACGAAUCAAACUGUAUCCAAGCUGAUUUAUCAGGUUACACCCAUGAUGGUUCUUUCCAACAAUAUGCUACUGCUGAUGCCGUUCAAGCUGCUAAAAUUCCAAAAGGUACUGAUUUAGCUAACAUUGCUCCAAUCUUAUGUGCUGGUGUUACUGUUUACAAAGCUUUGAAAACCGCUGAUUUGAAACCAGGUCAAUGGGUUGCCAUUUCAGGUGCUGCUGGUGGUUUAGGUUCUUUAGCUACCCAAUACGCUAAAGCCAUGGGUUUAAGAGUCUUAGGUAUUGAUGGUGGUGAAGAAAAAGAACAAUUAUUCAAAUCCUUAGGUGGUGAAGUCUUUAUUGAUUUCAAAAAAGAAAAAAACAUUGUUGAAGCUAUCCAAAACGCUACCAACGGUGGUCCACACGGUGUUAUCAACGUUUCUGUUGCUGAAGCUGCUAUUUCUCAAUCAACUGAAUACGUUAGACCAACCGGUACUGUUGUUUUAGUUGGUUUACCAGCCGGUGCUGUUUGUAAAUCAGAAGUUUUCUCACACGUUGUUAAAUCUAUCUCAAUUAAAGGUUCAUACGUUGGUAACAGAGCUGAUACCAGAGAAGCUAUUGAUUUCUUCACCAGAGGUUUAGUUAAAUCACCAAUCAAAAUUGUUGGUUUAUCUGAAUUACCAGAAGUUUACGAAUUAAUGGAACAAGGUAAAAUCUUGGGUCGUUACGUUGUUGAUACUUCUAAAUAA